AUGGCUAGUGUUUUGGUACCAGAUGUGCAGGGAAUCCCGAAUUUCGAUGUUGCAGAUGUGACCGGCAUUGCAUCAAAAUGGAAAAGAUGGCGUCGGGCAUUCGAACUUUAUGCUAAAGGCAAAGGAGUAAAGGAGGCAGAUCAAGCUAAAGCGUUGCUCCUCCAUACAGCAGGAAUGGACGUACAAGAUAUAUUCUUUACGUUACCGGAAGGAGAAGGAGAGGAUGAAUAUGCGAAAGCGGUGAACGCCUUGGACAAUUACUUUAAACCGCAAGCAAAUGUUCCUUACGAGAGGUCUGUGUUUAGAAGCAUGGCUCAAUUAGAGCAUGAAACUAUUGAACAGUACAUUACCCGUUUACGCCAGAGAGCAGAAACGUGUGAAUUCGGGAACCGUGAUGCGAUUGAUGAGAGGAUACGUGACCAAAUCAUUGACAAGUGUGUUCGUCAUAAUUUACGCCGUAAAUUACUAGAGAAAGGUAGGAACCUUACACUAACUCAAGUCCGAGAAACUGCGAGAGCUAUGGAAGACUCUGAGAGACAAGCCACAUCAAUUGAGGGUCGCACGCAAGGGGCCGUAACUGGUGUAGUAAACAAGGUUAGUGUGCAAAACAAGAAACAUUUUGUGAAAAAGACAAACGGUAAAUGCUUUAGUUGUGGUUAUGAAGGACACCUGCGGAAUGACCCUAAAUGCCCUGCUAGGGGAAAGAAAUGUCAUAAGUGUAAGCAGGUUGGACAUUUUGAGAAAAUGUGUAAAACCAAAGACCGUGGAGCAAAGGGGAAACCAGGGAAUAUUCGUCACAUUACGGAGCAGUCAGGCCAGAGUGAUGACAGCAAAGUAUACGCAUUUCGUGUCCACCAAAAUUCUGUGCUAAGUGACAGCCUUGUUGUGAACAUUGGGGAUGUUGACCUCAGCAUGAUCAUAGACUCGGGGGCAAGUUGUAAUAUAAUGGGAAUGCCAUUAUGGAACUAUCUGAAGGAAAACCACAUCAACUGUGUUUCUUCCAAAGUUGAAAAACAGCUUUUUGCUUAUGGAAGUCAACAACCUCUGAAAGUGGCUGGAAUAUUCACUGCAACUGUGAAAUACAACCAAACUGUCAUUCCGGAUGUUGAAUUCGUGGUCAUUGAGGGGAAAGGACAAGCCCUGCUUGGUCGAGAUACAGCUGUGCAGUUGGGUGUUUUACAGAUUGUUAGCAGCAUUAGUGAAGCUGUCAAUACAGACAACAGAACUGUCUUUGAGAAAUACCCUAAAUGCUUCAAAGGUGUAGGAAAGCUGAAAUCUUUUCAACUUGAAAUACCAAUCGACCCAGAUGUUGAGCCAGUAAUACAACCUAUGAGACGUAUUCCCUAUAGUUUGCGUGACAAACUUGACAAGAAGUUGGAUGAACUGCUUGAUUUGGACAUCAUUGAACGUGUGGACGAGCCGUGUUUGUGGAUAUCUCCAGUUGUUUGUUUACCCAAACAUUCAGGUGAUGACAUCAGACUCUGUGUGGACAUGCGCCAGGCCAAUACUGCGGUGCAACGAGUUCGUCACCCUAUUCCGACAAUUGAUGAAAUUUUGCAUGAAAUGAAUGGUAGUACUGUGUUUAGCAAACUUGAUGUUACCUGGGCAUAUCAUCAAAUUGAGUUAAAACCUGAAUCUCGAGAAAUUACUACUUUUGUGACACAUAAGGGUUUAUUUAGGUACAAACGUCUUAUGUUUGGCAUUAGUUGUGCCCCAGAUAUGUAUCAAAAAGUCAUGCAACAAGUAUUGCAGGGUUGUGAGGGGGUGCAUAAUAUUAUGGAUGAUAUCAUUGUACAUGCAAGUAGUCAAACAAAACAUGAUAGAUGUCUUGAAAAUGUUGUUAAAGUGUUGUAUGAAAAGGGGUUUACCCUUAACAGGGACAAAUGUGAAUUGAACAUGUCAGAAGUUGUAUUUAUGGGUCAUGUGUUGUCUGGUCGUGGCAUAGAUCUAGCAACGGUAGCAGCUCCGCUACGGGAGUUGACACGCAAGAAUUCAAUUUUUAGAUUGGGAAAAUCAGAACAAGAUUCAUUUGUAGAGUUAAAGCGUCGACUUGCAGAUGCCAAAACAUUGGGUUAUUAUGACAAAUCUGCGCCGACAAAAGUCAUAGCUGACGCUAGUCCUGUAGGACUCGGGGCGGUGCUUGUGCAAGAGCAAAGUGGAGAACAUCGUGUUCUUUCAUACGCAAGCCGCAGCUAG